AUUGUUCUCAUGCCGAUUUCCAUCAUAUCCAGAGCCAUGGUUAAAGAACGAAAAUUGAAUCGAAUGCUCUUCUCCUCAUCUCCUAUUCUUGUCUGCUUAUUAUACUUUCGUUCCUGCCAUCGAUCUCGCCUCUACCUAUCUAGAUGAGCUCGACCACGUCUCUGCAUCUCAUCGAUUCCCCCUCGACCAUCGUGUCUCUAAUAUCUCGCCGGCAAUGACCUUCCGCAGACAUGAUGAACGGUAUGACCGAGCCGUUACCUGGCCUCCUUGAUGACCCUCAGUUUCAGAUCACGGACCUCCCCGCCCUCACCGACUUCCAGAUCGCUCCUCUUCGUAAUCCAGCGCCCGCCCGCCAUGCAAACGCUCCUUCGCCUCUUGAGCCGUUGGCCGAUAAUCUCCUGCACAGCAAACGAAACAGCAAGAACCAAAAGCCAGUGGAAGAUGGCAAUGAAAAGAAACGUGCGCCGAAGAUAACCCCAAAUGACGUCCUCCUGGCUCGCGAAGCAAAGAAGCCGCAUCUUGCAAUCAGCGAACUGCUUGAUGCCAAUAAUGAAAUUGCUCCGAUGCAGCUGCCAUCGUUCAUCAGUUUGUCUGUGGUCGAGAAAUCUCCAGUUCAAGCACCAACUCCUCUGGAACCUGUGUCGAAGCGCGCUAGGCUGGAUGACAAUGACCACCCAGCGCCUGAUUUGAUCCGACGACUUCCUCGUCCGGCCCAGAAAGAUGAUCGCCAGAGCAGGCCGACCCCUUUGCUGCCAGCCAUAGUCACGGGGCUACAUGAACCUCCCCCCUCAGCUGCUCUACUCCCCUCUAUCGAUGUCGAUUCCCGACCGACAAUCUCACGAACUACAACUUCGAAAAUCCACGUCAAAGACAUACUGACAGAGCCGGAGAAUGAUGGAACCGCUACUUCGACAUCACGAUCCGCGGUUAGCACGCUGAAGGAGCUCGAACAAAACAUCGAACCGGCGCCAGCUAGUCUGCCAUCAAACCCCCCAAACCUGAAUGACGCACCCACGCAAGCGAGUGCUUGGGACGAUAAAAAGCAAGUACGAAGACCUCGCCGCAGAUGGUCAGACCACGAAACCAUGGACCUUCUUGCGGGUGUCAAGAAACAUGGCGUUGGCAAGUGGAAACAGAUCCUUGUCGACCCCGACUUCAGCUUUGUCGGUCGAAGUUCCGUAGACCUCAAGGAUCGCUACCGAGUCUGUGCGACAAACAGUAAUGUCGCCAAAUAUGGUCCUUCACCAAGGAGAAGCCCAUCUGCCGCCGACACGUCUGGCCCCAACACUUUAACUAGCAUCGUCCGAGAUAGUGCUUCUCCUGAACGUGUCUUGCCGGUAAGCCCAGCAGCAAAUCUUGAACAGCCUACGAAACAACGACGAAAACGGCGGGUGUGGACGGAUUAUGAAGAUUCCAAUCUUCUAAAAGGCGUGGCUAAACACGGCUUCCAGUGGACUGCCAUUCAUGACGACCGAGAUCUCGAUCUUGGACACCGAAAAGCCACCGAUUUACGUGAUCGAAUUCGCAACAGAUUUCCCGACGGUUACAAGCAUGCAGAGACUGCACCACUGAGAUCUGAGGUCAGGAAAGCGGCGCAACGCCAGGAGUAUCCUUUUGCUAGGGCUACAGCAGUGGAACCUAGCCCUAUUACCAAACCAAAAAAGACACCGGAUUCGCGACCCAAAACGACACGCGCUCUCCCAGUGUCCAAUAAGGGCACCUCAACCUUGGAGCGAGGUAUCGAUGGGCAGCCACAUCGAUCUAUCUCAAACACAGCACUAGCCAUGUUACUUCGAAACGAUGACGACAAUGGUACCGUUGAGCACAGAGAGUCCAAAGGAGAAAGAGAAAGAGAAAGGGAUAGGGAACAACCUGGUGUGACUCUCCCGAGCUUCACGUUGGGUGUCGACGACAUGGACUGGGGCAAUAAUACUCUUGCUCCACUCCAUGAGUGGGACGAAAUUGGCAUUUGAAAUCCGGUUGCCCUCUCUGGCUGGAGAGCAGACUUGCAACACAUCUCAAAUGAGGAGCACGGAACAGGAAUUGGCAUCACAGCACGGACGAACAACCUCGCGCGGAGACGCAAAGUUACGGCGCAGGAUACAACGAGGAGGAUAUAGUUUUUCGUACGAAGAGUCUUUGGAUCAUAUUUGAGCAGGUUCCCUCUCUGACCCAGAGCGGGUGUGGUAAUGGCUUGAGGACGUGGAUGGCAUAUAGAUCUAUAUUUUUAUCUGGUGAGCGAUUUUUUGAUACCCUGGGAUUGCGAUGGUAUGGUAUUAUAAUGUGAUGGGCUCAGAACCCCCACUUGGCUUUCAAAGGCAGAUAUUCUGGUGUAGAAGCAUCAAUCAUAAUUUUUG